UCGCUGAUCUGUUUGCUGCUGGGACUGAGACAACUGCUACACAACCCUAAAGUGGGCCUUGAUGUACAUGAUAUUACAUCAAGAUGUUCAAGAAAAGAUACAUAAGGAACUAGAUGAUGUUGUUGGACGAAAUCGGUUGCCAAGUCUUACAGAUAGACCCAAUUUGCCUUACACCGAAGCUACUUUGCUUGAGAUACAACGUUUUGCUACAAUUACACCUCUUGGCGUCCCACAUGCACCUGUCCAAGAUACUGUCCUCAAUGGAUACGACAUCCCUAAAGGAACUGUGGUCUUACCGAACCUAUGGGCCAUUCAUCAUGAACCUGACCUAUGGAAGAACCCUGAUGAAUUCAAUCCAGCCAGGUUUCUCAACCCAGACACCAAACAAGUUGUUCAGAGGAGGAACUUAUUCCAUUCUCUAUCGGUCGUCGCAGAUGUCUGGGAGAACAGUUAGCCAAGGUGGAACUAUUCAUCUUCUUUACUCAUCUCUUACAUCGCUUUCAAUUCACAACACCAGAGGGCGCACCUCCCUUAACAAUGAAAGCAAGAAAUGGAGCUACGCUCAACCCAGAAGAGUUUGAGAUCUGUGCCUCUCUUAUCGAUGACGUCAUGUAGCCUUUAUAUCUUGCGCACGUUAGAAAUUACAUCAAUAAUUCAAUUUAAUGUAUAAUAACGAGUUUGAUUAACUUGGAACCUGUGAUUAAGCAAGGCUACAUGUCGGGUGCACACUAAACAUGGACUGUUCUUUUUGAAAACAUUUCAAACAGACUGGAAAUAAAAUCCUUUGAUCUGUUGCCCCACGCCUAUGGACUAUACUUCUUGCAUUUCUAAGAAAAAGAAAAUAGAUCUAGUCAAUAGUAAUCUGAAAACAUACCUCUUCAAAUGUUAUUAAUUUGCGAUUGCCUAAGGGCAGCGCAUUGAAUCCUCUGGAAAAUGCGCUAUAUAAAUUUAAUUAUUAAUAUAAUUACCAUUACUUUAAAAGAAAUCAAUAUUACUAUGAUUAUUAAUAGUAGUAGAAGUAGUAGUGUAAGUAUCAUUAUCAUUAUUAUUGUUGUUGUUGUUAGUAUUAAUAUUUAGCAGUAGUAUUAUUUAAUAGACUUUAACAAAUGGAAUAUUGGUUUUAAACACAUUGAAAGUGAAACACAACGUAGUAUUCAAUUCAAUUUAAUUCAUUUAUUUCCAUUUCUCGUAAAAAAUAUUAAGUAUACGUUGACAGAUUUUGGAAGCGUUUUUAACAACCAGUAACAAGAACAAAUUGUGCAUAACUCUAACUGGGGGAUAUCGGGUAUGAUCUUCGGGAACGGGUGUGUCUGUUCCGUCAACAAGUUUGUACUGUUUAUCUACCCAUGCAAUAUAUGACAUACUGGAAUUUGAGUUGAAAUGUUUGAUAAUAGGACUUGGCUAUUCAAUGUUCGCUAUUCAAUGUUCGCUAGCCUCUUAUCUUAAAUAAAUAUUGUUGAAAUUACUCGCAUUUUCUAUAAUAAAUGAAAUUACUUGAAAAGUUUGAUAAUAUUUAUACUCGAUCUUUCCAUGCUUCUAUGUAUAUUUCGCUUGUAUCAAAUAUCUUUUUACAUUUUACAAUCCGCAUUUUAAAUUUCAAAUUUUAUGCUUCCAUAAUUACUUGUAUUACAUCUUUUUAAAAUGUAUAAAUGUAUAUUGAAUAGUGAUAAGUUUUGUAGCAAUCAUGACAUGGCAAUUCAGAUCACAUGGUGUUCAAGUUUUUAAUUCAUGUGCUUAUUUUGCCCCAAUGUGCGAAGGUCGGGAAGGAGCUUACUUGUUUUGUUGUUGUUUAUUUUUUUAAAUAUCCGACACUUCUUGACACAAGAGAAGUCCAGGGAUGAGCGAGCAGACCGUUUAGUGUAUGGGAGUGUGUAUGUUGAUUGGCUUAUAAUACAACAUGUAUUGCUGUAUAUUGCA